CGAUAACUUUUGACAGAUUAGCAACCACUAGGUUAAAUUCUUCACCAUUUUUGUCCCGCACUGAGUUUGUGCGUUUUGUCUUGUCCUUAAAUUUCAACGAAGUCCCUACACACUUCAAGAUGGGUAGGGAGGACAAGGCAACCUGGAAGUCCAACUACUUCAUCAGGAUCAUCCAACUUCUAGACGAGUACCCAAAAUGUUUCCUUGUGGGUGCAGACAACGUAGGCUCAACGCAGAUGCAGCAGAUCCGUAUUUCUCUGCGUGGGCACAGCAUUGUGUUGAUGGGAAAGAACACCAUGAUGCGCAAGGCCAUCAAGGACCAUCUGGAGACCAACCCGGCUCUUGAGAAGCUGCUGCCCCACAUCAAGGGCAAUGUCGGCUUCGUCUUCACCCGUGGUGACCUUGUCGAGGUCCGUGACAAGCUUCUGGAGAACAAGGUGCGCGCGCCGGCCCGUCCUGGAGCCAUCGCGCCGCUUGCCGUCGUCAUCCCGGCACACAACACCGGUCUUGGUCCCGAGAAGACCUCCUUCUUCCAGGCUCUGUCCAUCCCCACCAAGAUUUCCAAGGGUACCAUUGAAAUCAUCAACGAUGUCCACAUCUUGAAGCCCGGCGACAAGGUGGGAGCCUCCGAAGCCACUCUCCUCAACAUGUUGAACAUCUCUCCCUUCUCGUACGGUCUUGUCGUCAAGCAGGUGUACGACUCUGGCACCAUCUUCGCGCCGGCCAUCCUCGACAUCAAGCCGGAAGACCUUCGCGCCAAGUUCAUGGAGGGCGUGGCCAACGUGGCGGCCGCUUCGUUAGCGAUGGGCUACCCCACGCUGGCGUCGGCGCCGCACUCCAUCGCCAACGGAUUCAAGAACCUGCUGGCCCUCGCCGCCGUCACCGAGGUUGAGUUCAAGGAGGCGACCACCAUCAAGGAGUUCAUCAAGGACCCAUCCAAGUUCGCCGCAGCGGCCGCGCCCGUCGCCGCCGCUGCCGCCGCUCCGGCCGCCGCCAAGCAAGAGGAAAAGAAGGAGGAAAAAGAGGAAUCGGAGAGCGACGACGACAUGGGCUUCGGUCUCUUCGACUAAGCUGUGUCCUGAGAACACUCGCCUCUUCCCUCAAUUCUGCUACCUUACACUCCAAAUGGCUUUUCCAUGGCUUCGUUUUUUCGAUCCAUUG